AAUGCCAUCAUUCAAGCUUGCUAUGCUCUUUAUAGUCUAUUUGCUAGUUACUAACUUUUCUUAUUGCUAUAGUUUUGAUGUCACAGUGUCUUUAGAUGGCACGGGAAAUUAUGUCAAAAUUAGUGAUGCUAUAGCAGCCGCACCAAAUUUCAGCACGAAAAGAUUUUCUAUUCAGGUGAAACCUGGAACAUACAACGAGGUGAUUGAAGUUCCACCUUCUAAGACAUUCAUAGCUUUGAUUGGGGAGGAUGCUUCUACCACCAUCAUCGUUGACGAUCGAAGUAAUGGCACUGGAUCGACCACAGCAACUUCUGCAACUCUCACUGUAAGAGGUGCAAAUUUCAUGGCUCAGUCGUUGACAUUUCAAAACUCCGCUGGGCCGAAGGAGCACCAAGCCGUUGCUGUUCUUGAUCAAGCCAGACACACAUCAUAUUAUAAAUGUGUGUUUUUGGGUUAUCAAGAUACGCUCUAUGCUGGGGGACUACCCCAAUUCUUCAAAGAGUGCGAUAUAUAUGGAAGCAUUGACUUCAUAUUCGGAAACGGAGUCUCCGUAUUCCAAGAUUGUAAUAUAUAUGUUCGAGAAUUUGGUAUUAAGACUACGGUAACAGCACAAUCGAAAGCAAAUAUAGAUGAUCAAAGUGGCUUCGUCUUCCAAAACUGUAAGGUGACCGUGGCGCCCGAGAUAGCAUCAAGUAAGGACAAGGUAUUGUUGUAUCUUGGACGGCCAUGGAGAGAAUAUUCAACGGUUGUGUUCAUCGAGUCAUUUCUUGACAGUGUGGUUCAGCCUAAAGGAUGGUUAGGGUGGCCAAAUGUACCGGUUGACCAAUUGUUUUUUGCAGAGUACAAUAAUACGGGUCCAGGAGCUGACACUUCUAGAAGAGUGGAUUGGCCUGGUUACCAUAUAUUACAUACGGCUACACAAGUUACAAGGUUUACCGUUGAAAACUUUAUUGGUGGGAGUCGGUGGUUGCCUGAAACUGGCAUACCAUUUAGAACUGGUUUUUAGGGUUUUCUUGAUAUAUAAUUUCUAAAUAAA